AUGGCAGGGGCUGGAUUGUUGCCAUGGCAUCGGGGCGUUCUCGCCGUCUUCGUCCCACAUGCAGUCGCGAUGGCGGAAAGUCUGCUGGCACAGAAGUCCGUCCGCAGCGUUCAAGAAUGGCAAGAUAGCCUCGCCGACGAGACGGCAGCAUUGCGGGAUGUCUCGUCCGAUGUUUGUUGGCAGGCCGGUUUCACCAAGGAAAAAUGCUGUCGUGGGGAUGCGUCGACGGCACCUGAGUGUUGGGAUGGAAGUUACAGCUUUGGUGAGUGCUGCCCCAAUGCCGACUGCUGGGAAGGGGAGUUUUCGUAUGACUUCUGUUGCGGAGCCAAGUACGGGCCUGGGGGUAAUACGGCCUGCUGGGCUGGCUCCUUCACUCAUCAGCUUUGCUGCUUGGCCAAUGCGACGUCGAACAGCUGGGCGGAUGUUCUUGCAUCACAAGUUGAAACGGAGCAGUUUUACAAGAUGGACGACUUCUACACUGAUGCGCAAUAUGGAGAUGAGUGGGGCUAUUAUUCGAAGGGGCAUGUACUUCUGGGCGGAGGCAAAGCUGGCCAAGGAGACGCGCAGGGCACACAGCAGUUUGCCCAUUUCACUACCUAUCCCAUGGCGCUGUCGCCACACUUUGCAAGAGUCUUCUGCCGCUUGCUCUUCGUGAUGUGGGUUCAGCUUAACGAGCGUGCCCCAUUCCGCGUUGUGGAGAUGGGUGCAGGUUCCGGUCAGCUGGCCUACGACACCCAGCAGUGUGUGCGAACAAAUGCACUGGGGCUGGCGCCCUCUGUGUGGCGUCGCUGGACUGCGGCUUUCGAGUAUACCAUAAUGGAAAGGUCUCCUGCGCUUCGUAAACGGCAGCAAUCUCGAGGACUUCGGUCAGUGUCUGGAGAUGCGCAGAGCACGGCCAGUUGCAAGUCGGUGUUAGCAGCACUGGCAGCGUCAACUGCGUGCCAAGGCGCGGAGGGCUUGGAUGCCCCAGAAUGCGAGGCGAGAGAUCGCGGCACGGCAGAAGCGGGUGCUUCUGUGGUACUUUCCAACGAGCUGCUGGAUGCCUUUGCGCCGGUGAAGCUGCGGUUUGGUCUUUAUGGAAAACCGAAUAUCACCGACUGUGGUUCCUGGCAGGAAGUACGAGUAGUGCACACGAUACCGGAGGACAGGCUGCACCAGCUCUUGAUGGUCAUGGGCUUCUCGGAGGCAUGGACGGAAGGAACGAUUCAACAAGUACGCAGCUACACUGAGAGCACCUUCUGCGCCAUGGCCAACACAUCCAUCGGCCGUGAGGCUCAGGAGAAGGUAGCUGUAAACACGUCGUGUCUGGCCAUUGCCUUCAGCUUGAGUGAGUUGGUGAACCACUUGGAUCUUGGAAUCCCCUUCGCAUCGCACAAUAUGCGGAUGCGGAUAAGGAAGGACUCAAAACUAUCGGAUCGACUCCGCACAGUCACCAGUCGUCUGGACAGUGAGCUGCGAAGUUCUGUGGCACUGCCUCGGGACAUUUAUCGCCAGGUGCGCCACCAGCUGCGUGAUUUGCCAGAUGUGGAGGCCGAGUUCCUGCACGCGACGCAGACGCACCUGCUCCCGGUUUCCCUGUCGCAGGAGCGCUGCGAUGAGCUUGCCUGGUGGUUUGAUGCCCAUGAGCCACGCAUAGCUCGCCUGGCCUUGUUCUACAGAAAGCUGGGCUAUCCGGCUGUCCACGUCGUCGUGCGACCAGGGGAGGACAACUUCAUCGACUUGGUAGACUGUCUCCUGGGCCCUACUGGCGGCUACAAGCUUAGUCUCGAUUACGGUGCCAACUUCGAGGGAUUGGUCCAUAGCCUCAGCGUCGAUGGAGACAAUGAUGGUAUCUUCGUGCCACCGAUCCCGCAUGAACUGAUGGCAGGUUUGCCGGAAUGCCAUAACUUCUGGCCAAAGUGUGCUGGGCGCAUUGACUGGACCACUUUUGUGGACUUCACGAACUUGGCAGCUGCCGGUGAGAGGCGCGGAUGGCGGACGUUGUUCUACGGUCCCCAGAACCUCCUGGAACAGUUCAGCAGGUUGAACUUGACUCUGCACGGCAAGUCCUACUCAGUUCCCGGCUAUGCCGUGUUGCAAGAUGAUUGGAUCUCUCGUCACAUAAAGGGUUGGUACGGACGGGAAUCAGACAUGGAUGGUACCGGAGUGCAGAGGUGGACAUCGUUCAAAGCACUCCUUCUGGAGAAGCCAUCCGCCAAGCAGGUUCCAACACCAAUCCUGUUUCCGUCCUGGCACUUGGACACACGAUUGGUGGAUCCAUGCUGGAGUUUCGAUCCAUCGACGGUGCCGCUGGCCGAUUGGAUUCCUCGGCAGGGCAACGAUCCACACGAAGCGCUUCUCAAGCUGACGGAUGAAAUUAACAGCGGCCUCGGGAGACAGUAUGCUGAAGGUUACGAAGAGGCGCAGUUGGGCGUUCGCCUUGUAGACUUCAUCGUUGCCAAGUCUGGCUGCGACACGCUGCGUCCAGAGAAUGCGGCUGCGGUGCUGGAGCGUCCCAGUAAUUGGCAAGCGCUGCGACGGCGUUUGCUGCGAAAGUGGGGGGAGAUGUGGGGCGAGGAGACGGUCUCGCGCGUCGCUUUGGAUCUCUUCAGAAGGUUGGCAGAUGAUGGGCCGCAUCUACCCGCGUCUCCUUUCGCAUGUGCCGGUCAGCAAGCAAUGAUGCUCCUAUGCGAUUCCCCCGGCGGUGGUAGCAAGACAGGGCCAUUGCGAUGA